AUGACGAACAUCGAUUAUGAAUACUUCGAUGAGCCAUCUAUCGAUGAAAAUUACAAAUGUUCCAUCUGUACAAAACCACUUCAACACCCCGUAACAACUCCAUGUGAUCAUACUUAUUGUCAGCAAUGUAUUCGACAAUGGUUAUCCCAGAAUCAUUCAUCAUGUCCCACAUGUCGACAAGCAUUAUCCUCAGAUGAUUUAACACCCAUAACUACACGAUUAGUAUUGAAUAUGCUUGAUAAACUUCUUGUCAAAUGUUCACUAUGUGGAACAAAUCGAAUCGAACGUGGCAAUUUGAAUGAUCAUAUAAACAAAAUUUGUCCAAAGAGAAUUCUUUCCUGUGCAGCAUCAGAUAUUCUAUGUCGAUGGUCAGGUACCCGUGAUGAAUACGAUGAACAUCUAUCUACAUGCAAUUAUCAACAACUACGACCUGUACUAGGCCAUUUGAUUAGCACAAACAACCAACUGGAACAACAAAUUCAAGCAUUGACCACGCAUCUUCAAAUUUUACAAACUACUGUGUCGAAUCCAACUAAGCAUUUAAUAACAUUCGAUAAACUAACGGAUAGGGAAAACAAAGCUGAUUUCGGAAUCAUUCCGGAAUUUUACGAGAAUUUACUAUGGAAGAAUGUUUGGUACAUGGAUGAGCGAUGGGUGAAAAUCACUCACACUUUGAGUGGAUGGAAAAACGCGUAUACAAAUGAUCAUACAUGCGUUGCGUUUAACGAGAAAGGGAACACGAUGAAAAUUGGUUCAAAACAACAGUUUUCCUUAGUUGCGUUUGAAGCAACAGCUGCAUGGCAUGAUGAUUUACAGAUUAAUGUUCUCGGCCGACGAAUGAAACAAAAUUUACACUCUUCAACGAUCAAUUUGCAAUUUAGAUAUUCUCAGGUCUUUCAAUUUGAUUGGAAUAAUAUUGAUGAAGUGAAAUUCGUUCCAAUUAAUGGUGUGAGACAUCCCGGCAUGGAUUACGAAGAAAAAUAUUUUGCAUUGACUUGGAUUCUCUUAGGAAAAUAA